AUGUGUGUAAGCACAGAACACAGAAAAUGUGACAGCGUUGAUACUGUUGAAAUAGCUGCACAAUCUUUAAGAGAAAGUGAUAAACUAAGCUGUCUGUUAACUGACGUACUGAACCUAGAAAAGAGGCUGACAGGUUCAAAGGCAAGGCAAGAAAAAAACAUUACUGAAAUAGAAGAUUGUGUGAAUAACAUGACCGAAAAUGCUGAAAAGGAAAUCAAAUGUAUAAUGGACCAUUUAGAAAAGCUUAGGAAUAAUCUCGAACAAGAAAUAUCUGAGGCAGUUAAAACUAGUAAAGAAAAACUGUGGAAAAAUUUGGAGAUUGUCACCGACGGGAUAUCUUGCGCAAAGUCUUGUGCUGAUAAAGUUAAAAAAUCCAUGGAAAAGGGUAGUGAUGUUGAAUUGUUAUUGGAAUAUUACUCAGCAAGAGCCACUCAAAUAGAGGCUUUUGAUAUAGAAAAAGACGUUUUUCGUUUGUGUGAAAAAGAACUGUCUUUUAAACAGGAAUUUAGUCCUUCUAAUGCCAAUAUUCGCAGUGGAACUUUUCUUUCAAAUAGCAGAUUUAUUGUUGCAAAUCAUAAGCUUGAAGGUCAUUGUAAUAUUUAUGAUGAAGAUUUUACUUGCAUUAAAAUAAUCGAUGGGUUGAGACAGCCUUUUGCAGUUGUGGAAUAUGGGGAUGACUUGUUCGUUACUUGCUGUGACACACGAUCUAUCAAGGUUUUCUCAUCUUCUGACUUCAUGGAAACACGAAAUAUUGACCUAGAUAUAUACGUUUACGGAAUAACACAUAAAAAUGAUGCCUUUUUUGUGGCAUGUGGAGACAAAAUUAUAAAGAUUAAUAAAAAUGGAAACAUACUAAAUGAGUACAAAACGGGUUUACGUUUUGUUCAUCUCCUUGCAUUGAACAGUGUGGAUCUUGUUUACAGUAACAAGGAGAAAAAUACAGUAAUUGCAAUGAAUGAUAAUGGCAAUAAUCUUUGGGAAUACAAGUCAUCAAACUUAAAGGAACCAUAUGGACUUGAAAGGGAUAGUGCUGAAAACAUUUUUGUUGCUGGUACAGAGAGUAGAAACAUCCACGUUCUUCCCAGAUAG